AGUAUUCGUCGCUGACCUGCAACGCCACGGACCAUGAGCAACCUUGAGAAAUCAUUAUUCCAGCUGAAGUUCACUGCGAAAGCUUUGAACAGGCAGGCCAAAAAAGCAACCAGCGACGAAAAGUCGGAGAGAAACAAGUUGAAGAAGGCGCUGCAGCAGGGCAAUAAUGACGGCGCCCGGAUAUAUGCCGCUAAUGCUAUUCGCAAAAAGAAUGAAUCUCUGAACCUUCUUCGGUUGGGAAGUCGAAUAGAUGCUGUCGCAAGUAGGGUGGAAACAGCUGUAACAAUGCGGAAUGUCACCGGCAACAUGGCAAAUGUUGUGAGGGGAAUGGAUAGGGCUAUGGAGAGCAUGAAUUUGGAGAGGAUAUCACUUGUCAUGGACAAGUUUGAAUCCCAGUUUGCCGAUCUUGACGUCCAGACGUCAUACAUGGAAGACACUAUGAAUGCUACAACAGCUGUAUCGACUCCCCAAGAUCAGGUGGAUCAGCUCAUGCAGCAGGUAGCUGAUGAGGCCAAUAUUGAGCUACAGCAUGAACUUGGGGUGAACGACGCAACGAAGGUGCCCGACCUCACGGUCAAAGAUAAGGUGGGCGAGGAGGAGCCAAACCUCGCCGAACGGUUACGUGCACUGCGUCCCGCAGUCUAGAUCAACUGUCUUCCAUUUGGGUGUUCGAAGGCCUAAGCGAGGGGGUUGUUAAGGGAUUACCGUGUACAGUAGAUCAAGCUGUUCUAGUGUAAG